AUGUCAAACGUACCGGAGCAACAAAAAAGCGACAUCGUUCGCAAAUACCAGGUGUCCGACCGGUUCAAAACACUACUGCCCUACGAGUGCGGACCACUGCAAUCGGUUAAACCGCUGGUGGACGACGCGCUAUCAUGGUCAUUUGACACAUGCCAAUUUACCAAGCCACAGUACGUGCGCAUUGAGGGCACCGCAGUGUUUGCCGGUUAUUUUUGGCCUUUCACCCGGGACCGAGUCAAAUUUGAUGCCCUGAUCAAAAUGAUCAUACAUUUUUUUGUGGCCGACGACCAUGAUGAAACCGUUUACGGCCACAUCGAUCGCGACGCCGGCAAAGCGGCCGCAAUUCUGGGCCAACUCUACGAAGUGUGCGAUAAGAUUAGCGACACUACCGGUAAGGGUCGACACGUGUCGGCCAUACAUUGGAAGCCGUAUAUAUUGGCCGCGUAUGCCGUUUACGAUGAGAUCUAUUCGGCGCUAAACGAGGUUCAAAAGCGUCGCUUUUUGCACUUAUUUCGGGAGUGGAACGACGGUAUGAUUGCCGAGUGCUUCGAUAUUAAAAGCAAACGUCAAUUCAAAAACCUAGAUGAGUAUAUCGAGGUUAGAACCAAAUCGAUCGCAACGAUGCCAUUAAUACAUCUCAUUGAAUACGCGGACAACCUGUACGUACCGGAGCCCGAAUGGCAGCACCCGUCGAUGCAGGCGUUGUUCGCACACUUGAAUCGCGCGCUCAUAAUCUGUAACGACAUGUACUCAUUCGAGAAGGAGUUGUUGGACGCCGGGGGCCGACCCGACGGCGUGUAUAACAUUGUGGCCGCGUUUGCGCAGAUUGAAGGGGUUUCGUUGGAGGAA